CCGGCAGUCAGUAACAGUAUUCGCUUGGUCGCGUUUCGUAGGGAGCUGCUCGUGCAUGGCCCCAAUCCCGACUUACCUAGCUGUUAUUGUAUUUGCAACACUUUAUUGUUGUUUUAUUCCACCGGUGUGUUUAUAACUAACUGUGUGCGUGCACGUGUGUUAAAUAUAAUAUAAUAUUAUAUAAAAUAUUAAAAGACACUACAUAAUAUUAUAUAUAGUAAAAUAUCGUAUAGUAUCAUUGCUGUCGGUGUAUAUAUCAACAAUAUACCUGUAUUAUAUUUAUAUAAUAUAUAAUAUAUAUACAUAUAAAGAUCGUUGUCGAACCAGAAUUUUGGCCACCCGGUGCGAGAAAACAUACGGCGUACACACCGCGAUGCAUUUCAUCAACGACGUAUCAAAGUUCAUCUACAGCAGUCUCAGGAACGAAUCGAGCAGGCUUAGGAGCUAUGCGGUGAAUUGCGCUCAAAAGUAUCCGACAAAAGUUCGGGUCGUCGAAGUAGGACCGAGAGACGGUCUACAGAACGAAUCGAAAAAUAUACCGACGGAUGUUAAAGUGGAGUUCAUAAACAGGCUGUCUGCGACAGGCCUUAAAAACGUUGAAGCUACUAGUUUCGUUUCGCCGAAAUGGGUGCCGCAAAUGGCUGACCACUCAGACGUGUACAGCAGGAUCGACAAAGUGGACGGUGUGUCGUAUCCGGUGCUGGUGCCAAACAUGCGAGGUCUGCUCACAGCUAUGCAACAUGACGUAAAAGAAAUCGCAGUUUUCGGGUCCGCUUCCGAAGGGUUUAGUCAAAAGAACAUUGGCUGCAGCAUUGCCGAGAGCCUGGAAAGGUUCGAAGACGUAGUGUCCACAGCUCUGGACCACGGCAUCAAAGUUCGCGGGUACAUUUCCUGUGUGUGUGGUUGUCCGUAUGACGGCGCUGUGUCACCCCACGACGUCGCUAAGAUGUCCGACGCGUUAUUCAAAAUGGGCUGUUAUGAGAUUUCUCUUGGAGACACAAUUGGUAUCGGCACACCGGGCACGAUAAGAGCAAUGUUACAAGAAGUCAUGGAAAUGGUGCCUGUCGAAAAUUUGGCACUUCAUUGUCACGACACUUAUGGGCAGGCGCUGUCUAACAUACUUACUGCUCUGGAGAUGGGUAUUUCUGUAUUCGACUCGUCGGUAGCCGGUCUUGGCGGCUGUCCGUAUGCCAGAGGUGCUUCCGGUAACGUGGCCACCGAAGAUCUGGUGUACAUGCUACAAGGAAUGGGCAUCGAAACUGGCGUGGACAUGGAACUGUUAUUGGGUGCUGGCAGGUAUAUUUGCGAGGAGCUGGGAAAAAAUACGGAAUCCAAAGUGGCCAAAGCGUUGUCCGGAAAAGAAAAACCCAUGAAAUUCUUGCAAUCGUACAGGAACCAAACAUCACUCAAGAACUAAAGAUCUUCAAAAGCCUAUAAAUUAUUCCAUUUCACUCAUUAGCACUCAAAAUAUUUCUAUUGUUUGGUGUAAUUUAGUGAACUUUAAAUUAUUUAUAUAAGACUGAAUCUAUUAUUUUUGUCGUGAAUGUGACUUUGAACGUAAUUUUUUUAUAUUUUACUAUCAUGUAUGGAUGAUUUACAUAAUAUUUUAUUUUAUUUCUAUUAUUAUUAUUAUUAUCAUUAUCAUUAUCAUACUUAUUACAUGUGGACAAAUACACGAUUAUGUGACAGGCGCAAUUCGUGGAACAAAAGGCUGUGCACUUGGAUGGUGGCUUAGCUCCCAAAAGCGCAGUAUCUCCUCUAAAACGUUUAAUCGAAUUGCGUCCAUCUGUGUUACCCAAGCUAUAAG